AUACCACAAUUAGAAAAGAGAUUCUUAAAUUUACAAGCAACCGAGCGAGAGAAGCAAAUGGCGUCAGACAAACAAAAGGCGGAGAGAGCCGAGGUUGCGGCGAGGCUAGCGGCUGAGGACUUGCAUGACAUCAACAAAGAUAGCGGUGACGACGUCACGAUGUAUAAGGUGACGGAGAGAACAACCGAGCAUCCACCAGAGCAAGAAAGGCCUGGGGUGAUAGGAUCGGUGUUCAGGGCUGUGCAAGGAACGUAUGAGCACGCGAGAGACGCAGUAGUUGGAAAAACCAACGAUGCGGCUGAGGCUACGAAAGAAGGAGCUCAGAUAGCCUCAGCGAAAGCUGCUGAAACCAAGGACGCAACCGUAGAGAAAGCAAGAGAUACUGCGGGUUAUACCGCGGAGAAGAUGGGUGAAUAUAAAGACUAUACAGUUGAUAAGGCGGCAGAAGCUAAAGAUAAGACCGCGGAGAAGGCGAAGGAGACCGCUAAUUAUACCGCUGAUAAAGCGGUGGAAGCAAAGAAUAUGACGGCGAAUAAGAUGGCUGAAUACAAGGACUACACAGUGGAUAAAGCUGUAGAAGCAAAGGACAAAACAGCAGAGAAAGCAAAGGAGACCGCUAAUUAUACGGCGGAUAAGGCUAAAGAAGCCAAGGACAAGACGGCGGAGAAGAUAGGUGAGUAUAAGGAUUACACGGUGGAAAAGGCCGUGGAAGCUAAGGAUUACACCGCGGAGAAGGCAAUUGAAGCAAAGGAUAAGACGGCAGAGAAGACUGGAGAGUAUAAGGACUACACAGUGGAGAAGGCGACGGAGGGAAAAGAUGUUGGGGUGAGUAAGCUUGCGGAGUUCAAGGAUAGUGCGGUUGAUACGGCUAAGAGAGCUAUGGGUUUCUUGUCGGGGAAGACAGAAGAGGCUAAAGAAACAGCUGUGGAGACGAAAGACAUUGCAAAGGAAAACAUGGAGAAAGCUGGAGAAGCAACGAGACAAAAGAUGGAAGAGAUGAGAUUGGAAGGUAAAGAACUCAAAAAUGAAGCUGGAGCUAAAGCCCACGAGGCCUCUCAAAAGACUAGGGAGAGUACUGAGUCAGCAGCUGAAAUAGCCCAAGAGACCAAAGAUUCUGCUGCCGUAAGGGGAAAUGAAGCGAAGGGGACAAUAUUUGGAGCAUUAGGGAAUGUGACGGAAGCCAUAAAGAGCAAGUUGACAAUGCCAUCAGAUAUAGUGGAGGAGACACGCGCUGCCCGUGAGCAUGGAGGGACGGGUAGGACGGUGGUUGAAGUCAAGGUGGAAGAUACAAAGCCGGGUAAGGUGGCAACUUCACUCAAGGCGUCGGAUCAAAUGACUGGUCAAACAUUCAACAACGUUGGACGUAUGGAUGAAGAGGCUCGCAAAGAUAAGGGAAAGCUGUGAAAGAUUAGAAAAACAUAAAUGUCUUUUGGACCUUUUUUUUGUGUUGGAUGGAUCUGUCUGUUAUAGGGCUUGUAGGCAGAUAACGUUUUAUGAUAAUUUCUUAGUUUGUAUUCUUAUUUUCUAUUUAUGCAACUUUUGAAAACUAGUUUCUAAUUUCACUCUAUGUUAUGGGA